GCAAUAAUUAACUCGCGGGACUUUUGCCUCAUUUACUUCCACAUUAAUCCGAAUAACAGCCAGUAAAUCCGCCUCGCUCAAAAGGAGGUUGCGGGGACUUUCUACAUUAUAAUCGGCAAUACGCAAAAUGCCGUUCGUUUACGCGGACGUGGAAAAAGUGUACGAAAAGACCGAGGGGUUGAAACGCGAAGACGUCCGCCAUCUCAGGGAGUGGAUGGGCAAACAGCCCCAUCUGCCCCAAGUUACGGAUCUCGACAUCAUAUUCUUCUUGCACAGUUGCUACUACAGCAUCGAGCGGGCGAAGAUCUCGAUCGAGAAUUACUAUACCUGUUUGACGGCGUCCCGCGAGGUCUUCGGAAGGAAGGAUCCGGAGGAGUUUCGGAAAUGUCUGCAGGAAGCAGCGUACAUACCACUACCAAAACUAACACCGGAAGGCUACCAAGUAUUAUUCUGCCAAAUUCUCGUUUCCGACCCGAACAGUUUUUCGUUCAACAAUCACAUCAAGUACGUCGACGGAUGCAUGAAGAGCUGGUUUUUGGAGAGGGGGCCAGGUGAAGGGGUGGUCAUCAUUUUAAACAUGGACGGAUUCGUUUUGGGACACCUUUUAAGAAUCCCCCUGUUCUCAAUAAAAAAACUCAUGUUUUACUUUCAAGACGCGCUACCAGUGCGACUGAAAUCCGUUCACGUGAUCAACACCAUGCCGCUCAUCGAAAAGGUGCUUGCGGUGGUCAAGCCGUUCAUGACAGCGGAACUGAUCAAAAUCGUGUACUUCCACACCAGCAACCUGGAAACCCUAGACAAGUUCGUGCCGCGAGCUCUGCUCCCAUCGGACCACGGAGGCGAUCAAAAAUCCGUCAUGGAGCUGCACGAGGAGAACUUCCAACGUAUCGUUGAUAAGCCGGAGUUUUUCGAAAUCGAAGAGAGCAGGGGAACCGAUGAGUCUAAACGGAUGGACAAGUUCGCAAAUAAACACGCCACAUUCGGCAUUGAGGGGUCGUUCCGGAGUUUGGAAAUUGACUAACAGAAGCACUGUAUGUAAAUUAUUAAUUGCGAAAUGCAGUUGUUUCUGUUAAUUUGCAUGUAAUGUAAAUAAUUUGUGAAUUAUGCGUUACUUAACUUUCAUAUGUGUUAAUAUAAUAUCUUACAAACAA